CUUCUUGAGGGUUCCCGUGGUUUUCCCAUUCGGUUUUUAAUGAACGGAUGGUAUUGUUUUUCUUAGUAUAUAGUAGUUUUGAAACUAUGUAUAAAGUAGAAUCCAAGAAGUUAUUUACCUAAGCGAAAUCAUAUGUUCAUGAUUGGUACCAUAGAUUGCAACCACGUUUUGUCAUGUACAGAUAGAUAGCAACAGUUUAUCCAAAAUACUCAAAUGUUUCCAACAAACUUCGACCUUUAUGCCACUUAAAAUAACAUUAAUAAUCGCUUUAUCUUUUGUCUGUUUGUACGACCUUAACGAUUACGAGACUUCAAUUUUAGUUACAAGGUAAUAUUAGGAAAAUUAUUAAAAUAACUGUUUUCCUCUAUGUUGAACAACAAGAUCAUUUAAUCGAGCACCUCGAUUAAAGAAACAGAAUAUUUUAAAGUCAUUCGAGAAUUUCAAAUUAUAAUCACAAAAGAAAAAAUUGCAGUUGUCACAUAAGUACAAUCCAAUUUGUUUAUUAAUUUACAUUUUGAUAGAAGAAAAGAUGAAUCGUAUCAAAAUCGUAUAAUGCAAAACUGCCAAGCGUGAACAUUAUAUUUGUGCACAACCAACAAAAGUUGUAAACUAUUGAGUACUAGACACAGCAAUUUUCAAAUACGUUACCUUUCCUGUAGGGACUAUGUUGCGAAUAAAUUUAUCAGUAUCUUGUAAAAUCUCAUCACCUUUAUCUAGGGUUUUGCUCAAAAAUGUUGCUGUACAAGUAAGGUGCCAUCAACCACAUGGUCACAUAAUCAUUCCGCGCGCUCUAUGCUCGUGCUUCAAUGAGGUCAACUGUCGAAGACUAUCCACAAAUAUGAGACAAAGUGAACCUACACAACCAAAAGUAAAGACAUCAAUCCCUGGACCAAAAUCCUUGGAGUUAUUAAGGGAACUGAAUUUUAUACAGCAAGCUGGCUCGGUGCAACUAUUUGUAGAUUAUAACCAAAGUUACGGUAAUUAUUUAGUAGAUGCGGAUGGUAAUGAAUUUUUGGAUGCUUUUACUCAAAUUUCAUCAAUACCGAUUGGUUAUAAUCAUCCUGAACUACUGAAAGCUUUUGAGGAUCAGCAAAACCUGCGAUCAUUAAUCAACAGGCCAGCUCUCGGUGUGUUUCCAUCAAUGGACUGGCCCGAAAAAUUAAAAAAUGUUCUACUAUCCGUGGCACCUUGUGGUCUGAAUAAUGUCAUGACAAUGAUAUGUGGUGCUUGCUCCAACGAGAACGCAUUUAAAGCAGUAUUUAUUUGGUAUCGAACUAAACAGCGAGAAGGCAGCAUACAUUUUACUGAGGAAGAAAUCAAUACUUGUAUGUGGAAUCAGCCCCCGGGUUCUCCAAAACUAUCCAUCAUGUCUUUUAAGGGCGGAUUUCACGGUCGUACAUUCGGAUCUCUUUCUACAACAAGGUCAAAAGCUUUACAUAAACUAGAUUUUCCAGCGUUUGACUACUGGCCAAUGGCUUCGUUCCCAAGAUACUUAUAUCCUUUAACCGAGAACUGCUGUGUAAAUCUAAAAGAAGACGACAGAUGUUUAGCAGAAGUAGAAGAUCUAAUAGAGAAAUCUAAUAAAGCUUGUGUACCGGUUGCGGGCAUUAUUAUUGAACCUAUACAAGCCGAAGGGGGAGACAAUGAAGCUUCCCCAUAUUUUUUUCAAAAUCUUCAAAGAAUAUGUCAACAGAGAGGAGUCGCUCUAAUUUUUGACGAAGUGCAAACGGGCUGCGGUCCAACCGGCAAAAUGUGGUGCCACGAACACUUCGAACUGCCCUCGCCCCCCGACGUAGUCACGUUCAGCAAGAAGAUGCUCACCGGCGGGUUUUACUAUAAACCUAAUUUCAAGGCACCACAAGCCUAUCGAAUUUUCAACACUUGGAUGGGCGAUCCAGGAAAGUUGAUUUUACUAGAGUGUGUUUUAAAAGUGAUUAAACAAGAUAACUUGCUCAGUCUGGUGGAAAAGUCUGGUUCUAUUUUGAAAAAAGGUCUUCAUCUUCUGGAGACUGAAUACCCCUGUAUGAUAAACAGUGUGAGGGGUCGUGGUACAUUCUUAGCAUUUAAUGCAGCCAACGCUACAUUGCGAGACAAGAUAAAUAUUAGCUUAAAGGAAAAUGGUAUACUCAGUGGUGCAUGUGGUGAUACAUCUAUACGGCUUCGACCAUCCCUUACUUUUACACCAAAGCAUGCUGAGAUUUAUUUGGAUAUUUUGAAGAAAACACUAAAACAUUUAUCUCGAUUUUGAACAAAAUAGUAGGUAUGUACUAUGUAUUACGUAUCUACCUACGUUACUAAGGAUUACAGAUUUCCUAACUACAGAUUACUCUGUAUAAUGUGUUACAAAUAGUUACAGUAAUUAAACAAAUUGUUUUAAAAUAUUUUAUUUUCUUUACGUACCUACAUUUGUAUACCUACCAUUUUUAAGUGUGUAUUUGAUUUGAUUCUUUCUCACGUAGUACAUAAACCAGUAGUAUAUGUUAAACCAGUAUAUAACUUCAGUUAAUCAACAACUAUGAAUCUGAAGCAGUAAACUGAUUUAAAUAUAUAUUUUAGUAGCUGAGCCAGCGAACUUCGUAUCGCCAUAAAAAUAUGGGUAAAAAUUUAGGGUUGUAUGUAUUUUUGUAUGAUGUAUCAUAAAAAAGUAAAAACAAAAAAAAAUGUCAUAAUAAAAUAAUAGUGGACCACACUUAACUUUAGGGGGAUGAAAAAUAGAUGUUGUCCGAUUCUCAGACCUACUGAAUAUGCAUAUAAAAUUUUACGAAAAUCGGUCGAGCCGUUGUGGAGGAGUUCAAUUACGCACACCGUGACACGAGAAUUUAUAUACUAUUAAUUUAAAGAAUUAAGAUAAAGUAGGUACACUAACAACUUACAAACUAAUAUAAAGGUGGAUAACUUGUAACUUACCAUGUCUAAUCCAUGUUACAGCAAUAAUAUAUAUAUAUUAUAAAUUAGUAAAAUACUAUCAGUGAAUAAAAUUAAAUUUGAAUCUUUCAAUGUAAUUUUGGUUCUGGUCACGUAAUUCUCUCAAUUUUCCGGGUUUUAUUUUGUUGGCACUGGUUUCUUGUUCUUUGUAUUAUGUUUUUGUAGUUUUAGAAUAAUGUUCUUUUGUAUAAAUGAAAACAUUACUACUUAGCAUAAUAAUACGUGUUACCGUAUUUGUGUUAUUAUUUCUUAAGUUGAUGUAGAUUGAAUGUAUGUACCGAAUUGAUUUGCAGAAAUAGACUGCAUUUUCUUUAUUUAUUAAUGCAUAUUUGUUUGGUUGUUUGAUUUUUGGUCCAUUAUUUGUGUUGUUACUAUAUAAAGUAACUGGUUAAUAAUUUAUUGUACCUACAAGUUACAUAUUUAUUGGCCCAUGGUAUGGUAACACAUUUUGUUAUUUUCAUUUAACAACAGUUGUGACUACAACGUUCUGAAUUUUAUCGUCCGGAGAAACCUGGUUUUCCCUUAGUUUAAAACAUAGACUUAUAUUGUAUAUAGGGUUUAAAUUUUAUUUUUAGUAGGUACUAUACUUUUCGGCUAAAUUUUUAAUGCAUCUUGCAAUGUUUUAGCAUUAUAUAAUAAUUUUCUUAUCUGUACUAAGCAGCUUCCUGGGAUUUAACAUAGAUAAAUUAAUAAGGAACUACAAAGAAAUUAUUACAAGAGAAUUAAUAUACUUACAUAAUUUUUUAAACGUUUGUAUUUAUGCAUAUAGUUUGGGUGCAAAAUAAAAAAAACCUAUGUACAAACAAAGAAGUUAAUAUCGGUUAGGUACUUUAAGAAUGUCGUAAGUAUUAAUAUUUCAUCUAGGUGGCGAGAGAUGGAUGGGAUGAAAAAAAUAAGGUACAAAGUUUUACUAAAUUUAUUUAAUACGAUACAAGCUAACAUUUUACUUAAAAAUGACUAGAAACCCUCGUUGAGAAGCAUUUUGCCCUUAGGUCCAUCGAUCAGUUCGUCAUCAGCGUAUAUCAGUUGACCUCUCAAAUAUGUCCGCAUCACUUUCCCAGUCAAUACUCUGUACAUGUAUGGACUUAUCUGUAAACAACCAACUCAUGUGAAGUAAUUAUACUUAACUAGAUAGUGCUACCGAUUCGGCAUCCUUCUCUAAACUUAAAACUUAAUUUGACAAUAGUUUCUCCUUUUAAUUCUUAAGAGAGCAUGGAUACACUGUUGUCAAAUAUAUUAUAAUGUUAGGCUUAGAGAAGUAUGAUGGAAUGGGUCCCAGUAUAUAGUUAACAUUAAAGACCUACGUGUUGAAUUGGACUGUAGGACCUUUCCCUCAGCAUAAUUUGAAUUGGCGUGUCUACGGCUCUCUACUUGAUUUAGCCUACGCCAUACGGAUUCGUCUGGGUAUCCUAUCGACCUGACACAAUUAUUUAACUAAAUUUGUAACAGUGCCAAGAAAGAAAUAAGUGAUUUCUAAGGACUCGGAAAAAUAUGUUACGUUAAUAUCACAAAAAGAAAAUAAACACUAUGUUUGCCUCAGAAAAUGCGAUUACCGUAAAAGCUUAUAUUUUAUAACCAUAUAAGUUACAGUGCCAAAAUAUCGGAGACUCCUAAAAACAAGGCACAUGGUAACAAUCCCGUUAAUAACUAUAAUGUUAGUGACCAUUAAAGUUAAAACAAUAUAUCAUAAUAUAAGUUUGUAUAUAAUAUUUGAAAAUUAUAAUUGUGCGGUUCAGAAAGUUAAUUUACCGUAGUCAUUAGCAAAGUGUAAUCUGUAAUAUCAACUACUUAUUUUAAUAACUGUCAACAGUUAACAGCAACAAUGAGGAAAUUCGCCACGAAAUUACUUUACCUUGUUUUUAUAGCGUAUAACUUGAGGUGUGACAAUGAACGAGGCAUCAGGGUCGAAGAAAAUUAGAUCUGCGUCGAGUCCUGGGCGGAUUGAGCCCUUUUUGUCUUGAAGCCCAGCUAGUCGGGCGGGGCCAGCUGACAGGUAAUGGCUGGCCAUACUCAGACUGUGGCCACGUGCCUUAGCCUCCGUCCAGAACAAAGGCAAGU